AUGCCCAUUGCAGCACCUACUCGCCUAGACAUGGAUGAACCUAGUUCCCUUGUAAACCAGACCAUGUAUAGAGGAAUCAUAGGGUCACUAUUGUAUAUCACUGCAAGCAGACCAGACAUUGUUUUUAGUGUGGGUUUCUAUGCAAGGUUUCAAUCAAAUCCAAAGGAAUUUCAUCUGAAGGCUACCAAGAAAAUACUGACAUAUCUCAAAGAAACACAUGACCUGGUCCUCUAUUAUUUUUCAGGAGACAAUUUUGAUCUUAUUGGGUAUGUUGACGCUGAUUAUGCUGGAUAUCUGGUGGACAGGAAAAGCACUUCUAGGAUGGCACACUUCCUGGAUUCCUGCUUAAUCCCAUGGGGUACAAGGAGGCAAAAUUAUGUGGCACUUUCAAUUGCAGAAGCUGAAUAUGUAGACACGCUUGAUGAUUACAGAGCAAAUAAGCAUUUGAAGUUGUACACUCGUACAAAGGGCAAAGCUUACAGAUAA